AUGAGCUCUGAAAGUGAAUUUGAAGACGAAUACAUGUAUGAAGAUGAGUCUGAUUUUGGUAGUAUCAUGAGUGAGAGUGAAGAAGGCUACAAUAGUAAUGACGAUGUCAAUGACGAUGUAUUUGUUGAAAAACAACAGAAAAAGACAUAUGAAGUUGACUUUAAUGUAUUAAGUGCCAUCCUAUUAAAAACAAAGCAAGAUAAAGAAAUCAAUCAAGUGUCUUCUAUUCUAGGUUUAUCUACUGAAGAUUCAGCAACAUUAUUACGUUAUUUUCGUUGGAAUAAGGAAAAGCUGUUUGAACAAUACAUGGACUCUAGUGACAAAGUACUUGCUCAGGCAGGUGUCUCUUCUGUAUCUGAUCUAAAGCAUGCUAUCCUUAAGGCACAAGACAUUCAUGCAGACUUUAUGUGUGAUAUUUGCUGUGACGAUUCCCCUGACAUGGAAACCAUCAGUGUCUCUUGUGGACAUCGAUUCUGUAGGCCAUGUUACACACAAUAUCUUGUCCAGAAAAUCAGAGAAGAAGGUGAAAGCCGUCGUAUUCAAUGUCCCGAAAGCAACUGUGAUGUCAUUGUGGAUGAAAAGACAGUCGAGUUACUGGUUGACCAUGACACUUGGCUUAAAUACCGCGAACUACUCAACCGUACCUUUGUCGAUGACAAUGAUUUCUUGCGUUGGUGUCCUGCACCUGAUUGCGAGUAUGCUAUUGAGUGCAGUGUGCCCAGUACGUCACUCACUUCCAUUGUACCUACUGUAGAAUGUAAGUGUGGAUGUCGUUUCUGCUUUGGCUGUGGAUUAGACGAUCAUCAGCCUUGUAUUUGUAUAUUAGUAAAGAAGUGGCUGCAGAAAUGUGAAGAUGAUUCAGAGACUGCUAAUUGGAUAUCUGCUCAUACAAAAGAGUGUCCUAAAUGUCAUUCGACCAUUGAGAAGAAUGGCGGCUGUAACCAUAUGACAUGCAGAAAGUGUAGAUAUGAGUUCUGUUGGGUCUGUAUGGGUCCCUGGUCUGAACAUGGCACUUCUUGGUAUACAUGUAACCGAUAUGAUGAAAAGAGUAGUGAAGAAGCAAGAGACAGUCAAACACAAUCCAGAGCCAGUUUAGAACGCUAUCUUCAUUAUUACAAUCGCUAUGCUAAUCAUGAACAAUCUGCUAAACUCGACCAAGAUUUGUAUCAAAAGACUGAGAAGAAAAUGGAAGAAAUGCAAAAGACAAGCGAUCUUUCUUGGAUUGAAGUACAGUUCCUCAAAAAGGCAGUUGAUGUUACAGUGCAGAGCAGAACUACCUUAAAAUGGACAUAUGCCUUUGCUUUUUACCUUGACCGAACCAACGAAACUGAACUAUUUGAGGAUAACCAAAGAGACCUUGAAAUGGCUACAGAACAAUUAUCAGAAUUAUUGGAAAAACCCUUAGAGCCAGAAAAGAUUGCAGAGUUAAGACAGGCAGUUUUAGACAAAUCCGUCUAUGUUAAGUUGCGCAGAGAAAUCUUAUUAGAAGACACGGCAAAGGGAUUACAAGAGAACAGAUGGACCUAUUUUGUGGAUUUGAAAUAA